GAAUUGUUAGCGGUAUCGGAGAGGAUCCUAAAUUGUCCCAAGAGCUGCAACAACCGUUUGGUGGUGGCGGCUCCUAAGAACUGUGGACUUUUUGCCUCGGAAGAUGUGAAGUUGAGAGCUAAGAGGAAUUCACAUUUUACUUUGUGCCUGGCACCGCGUGGUACUUGGCAAAUACCUGUUGAUUGAUUCCCAUGAGUUCCAACUCGAUUCCUCACCUAAUCCCCCACCCCAGAAGUCAACAACUGGAACUGGAUAGAGAUUUGGGAAUUUCAGGAGAACCGCUCUCCUGCCACAGCCCCUCAUCCCCUGAAAAUGUACGCGUGCACCAAGUUUGUCUCUACCCCUUUCUUGGUCAGGAGCACCUCUCAGCUGCUGAGCCGAUCACUGUCUGCAGGGGUGUUGAAACGACCAGAGACACUUACAGAUGAGAGCCUCAACAACUUGGCAGCCCCACUUCCUCUGACCUCAUUUAUUCCUAGCCACAGCUUCCAAACCAGUGCCAUUUCAAGGGACAUUGACACAGCAGCCAAGUUCAUCGGGGCUGGGGCUGCUACAGUAGGGGUGGCUGGCUCUGGGGCUGGAAUUGGGACUGUGUUUGGAAGCCUCAUCAUUGGUUAUGCCAGGAACCCUUCUCUGAAGCAACAGCUCUUCUCCUACGCCAUUCUGGGCUUUGCCCUCUCGGAGGCCAUGGGGCUCUUUUGCCUGAUGGUGGCCUUUCUCAUCCUCUUCGCCAUGUGAAGGAGCCGUCUCCAACUCCCAUAGGUCUUCCAUGUCUCAUCGACCCUGUGUGUUCCUUUUCCUAUACCUUCCCAGGCAGCCUGGGGAAAGUGGUUGGCUCAGGGUUUGACAGAGGGAAGACAAAUAAAUACUGUAUUAAUAAGA